CAGGCCAGGAAGGCGCUUUGUAUUAACACGUGCUUCAAUGGUGGAGCAAUCCAAUACCAAUGGAAACGGACAUGCGGCAACCGUCGAUGGUCCGCGCAACGUCCUGGGGGGCCCGCUACAGUGCUGCUGUACUUCACCCCGCACUGGCUAUUACAGGGACGGGUUUUGCCGUACAGAUGAAAGUGACGUUGGUCGCCACGUCAUCUGCGCACAGGUGACGCAGGAAUUUCUGGAAUUCACGCGAUCUCGAGGAAACGACCUUAUGACUCCGGCACCGUGGUACAAUUUCCCAGGGCUUAAAGCCGGGGACAAGUGGUGCCUCUGUGCCAUACGGUGGCGGGAGGCGCUUGAGGUGGGGAAGGCUCCUUCCGUGUUCCUUCGAUGCACCAACAUCAAGGCCCUCGAGUACGUCACGCUGGAGGAUUUAAAGCGCCACGCCGCGGACCUGGAAGAUAGCAACCUCGCUGGCAACUGACUUGCGAAGAACCUCAGUGGUGUUUUAAUAUUCGCGAAGACCGAUUAAAGGCUUAACUGGCAGCACGAAGAUUCAUAAUUUAUUGGAUAUGAAUAUUCACACCGUCU